AUGGCCUAUGAAAUAAAUGAGCAAAAGAAAAUUGGAUUGGGUCUUAUUGGCUUCGGCAUCUUUUUUACAUUUCUUGGUGCACUUCUGUUCUUUGACAGGGGUUUACUUGCCCUAGGGAAUAUAUUUUGGUUAUCAGGGGUAGCCAUUUUGCUAGGGUGGUAUUCUACUUGGAAGCUCUUUACUAACAGAGCAAAUUAUAAGGGUUCUGUUUGUUUUCUCCUUGGGCUCUUUUUCAUAUUUGUUCGGUGGCCAAUAGUUGGAAUUAUCUUUGAAAUAUAUGGUUGCAUUGCUCUAUUUGGUGGCUUUUGGCCUACUGUCAAGGUGUUCCUCUAUCAGAUUCCUGUAGUUGGGUGGAUUAUACAGUAUCCUAUUAUGAGGGUUGAGAGUGCUGACUGA